AUGACACUGAAAUCGACAUGGAAAGAAAGAGGAGUAUCGAUUGUGAGUGACGGUUGGAGCGAUCCCACAAGAAAGCCUCUAAUUAACUUCAUAGCUGCUGGUGGAAAUGCUCCUUUGUUUCUUAAAGCUGCGAAUUGCUUCGGGGAAGUGAAAGAUAAGGUCUUCAUUUCUGAUUUGAUGAAAGAAGUCAUCAACGAAGUGGGACAUCAUAACGUCGUUCAAGUCAUCACUGACAAUGCAGCAAAUUGUAAGGCAGCGGGCGAGAUUAUUGAAGGUUUAUUUCCCCAUAUUUAUUGGACACCGUGUGUUGUCCACACCCUUAACUUAGCUUUGAAGAACAUCUGUGCUGCAAAGAAUACUGAAACAAAUCUGGAAACAUAUAAAGAGUGCAAUUGGAUAACUGACACCCAUGGAGACGGGCUUGCAAUCAAACACUUCAUCAUGAACCACAACAUGAGGCUUGCUAUGUUUAGUAAGUUUUCUACUCUUAAGUUGCUUUCUGUAGCUGAUACUCGUUUUGCAUCCAUCAUUGUUAUGCUUAAGAGAUUGAAGAUUCUUAGAAGAGGUCUUCAAGCCAUGGUUAUAAGUGAGGAAUGGUCUGCUUAUAGAGAAGAUGAUGUUGGUAAAGCAAACUUUGUUAAAGAGAAGAUUUUGGAUGAUGAGUGGUGGGAAAAAGUGUCUUAUAUUCUUGAUUUCACCAAACCGAUAUAUGACAUGAUCAGAUUUUGUGACACUGACAAGCCAAGCCUUCACUUAGUAUACGAGAUGUGGGACUCUAUGAUCGAGAAGGUGAAGGGUGAGAUCUACAAGAGAGAAAAACGUGCAUUGGCUGAAAUGAGUCCUUUCUAUGAUGUUGUUUAUGAUAUCUUAGUUGCUCGAUGGACGAAGAGUAGCACUCCUCUACAUUGUCUAGCUCACUCUUUAAAUCCAAGAUUUUAUAGUGAGGAAUGGCUAGAUGGAGAUUUUGCAAGAGUUGCUCCCCAUAAAGAUGUAGAACUCUCACGUGAGAGGAUGAAGUGUUUUAGAAGAUUGUUUCCAAGUAAUGAUGAUCAUACGAAAGUUAUGGAUGAAUAUGCAAAGUUUUCAUUGAAAACUGGUUCUUUUGAAGAUUUAAGAUGCAUUUCGGAGAUGUCUUGUAAGGAACCUAAGCAUUGGUGGGCUAACUAUGGUGCUCAAACUCCUUUGCUACAAGGUUUGGCUUUAAAGUUGCUUGGACAACCUACUUCUUCUUCUUGUGCUGAGCGUAACUGGAGUACUUAUGCCUUCAUUCACUCACUUAAAAGGAACAAGCUUCUACCAAGUCGUGCUGUAGAUUUGGUUUUUGUCCACAACAACCUUCGGCUUUUAUCAAGGAAUUCCAAUGAAUAUGAAACUGAGAAAACAAAAAUGUGGGAUUUUGGUGGAGAUAAAUCAGAUUACUAUGAAUCUGGGACAGAUGUGGGAUUCUUGGAGAUGGAGGAACUCACUCUAGAUGAGCCAGAUUUUGAAAGUGAUAUAAUCGUUGAGUAG